UCGUGUCUAUCGAUAGAGGGCGCACGUGUUGCGGACUUCGUUUGUUUAUGUUUUAAUUUUGAUCACAAAUCGGCCCUCAAGAUGUUCGUAAACGAAGUUAACGAUGUGAAAAUCUACAACCUGAGCGCCGGCAAGUCGGUGCCAGAUUGGCUGACGGAUCGGCGAAAGCGGUCACAGCUCAUGAAAAAGGUGGACUCCCGGAGACAGAUCGAGCUCAUCCAGGACUUCGAUAUGCCCGGCGUCUGCACCAGCAUCCGCAUGAGUCCCGACCAACAGUACAUCCUGGCCACCGGCACUUACAAGCCGCGCGUCAAGUGCUUCGAGGUGUCCAACCUGUCCAUCAAAUUCGAGCGCUGUUUCGACGCCGAGGUGACCACCUUCGAGGUGAUUAGCGACGACUACAGCAAGAUGGUGUUCCUGCAGUGCGAUCGCUAUGUGGAGAUCCAUGCGGCCCACGGGCGGCACUACAGACUGAGGAUACCGCGCUUUGGACGUGACAUGAAGUACCACAAGCCCAGCUGCGACAUGUUCAUCGUGGGCGUGGGCAGGGACAUUUUCCGACUCAAUUUGGAGCGCGGUCAGUUCCUGCAACCCCUUGAAACGGAUGGCAGCUGUCUGAACGCCUGUGAAGUGAAUCCUGAGCACCAUCUUUUGGUAGCCGGUACCAAAGAAGGCACCGUAGAGGCCUGGGACCCACGUACCAAGCAAAGAUGUUCAACUUUGGAUGUAGCCAUGAAGUUGCCGGGCGUGAAGGAGUUUCCAUCGGUCACGGCCCUCAAAUUCCGGAACGGCUUGCACAUGGGAGUAGGAACUGCUUCGGGACACGUGCUGAUCUACGACAUUCGCGCAAAGCAACCGUUGCUGGUGAAGAAUCAUCUGAAUCGACUGCCCAUCAAGCGUCUGGCCUUUAAUCCAGCUCAGAAUGCAGUCUAUAGUUUGGAUGAGGCUACACUGAAGCUGUGGGAUGAGCAGACAGGCAAGCAGAUCGCUUACGUUGAGUCGACUUCGUCAUUCAACGAUUUUUGCACCAUUCCCGACACGGGCAUGUUCUUCGUUGCCCAGGAGGAUGUAAAGAUGAUGACCUAUUAUGUGCCUGCAAUGGGUCCAGCACCCCGAUGGUGCUCGUUCCUGGAUAACCUCACCGAGGAGAUCGAGUCGGAGGUCGUGGAGAAUGUGUACGAUGACUACCAGUUCGUCACAGCGAAGGAGCUGGCUGAAUUGGGAAUGGAGCAUCUCGUUGGCAGCAAUCUUCUUAAGGGUUAUAUGCAUGGAUACUUUAUGGACGCAAGAUUGUACAACAAAGCCAAGGCAGUUGUGGAACCCUUUGCCUUUGACCGCUUCCGCAAGGACAAGGUCCGACAAGAAAUCGAGAGCGAGCGCAAGUCCCGCCUGCAAAUCGAAUCCAAGCUGCCCAAAGUCAACAAAGAGUUGGCUCUCAAGAUUAUGGACGAGCAGGCUAAUCCCUCCAACAGUGCCAAGCAGCGGAAUGUGCCCAGUCUGCUGGAGGACUCGCGUUUCAAGGCCAUGUUUGAAAAUGCCGACUUUGAAGUUAACAAGUCUGCCGAGGAGUAUCGUCUGCUGGCUCCUGUUCUGAACCGUCUGGACAAAUCCAAGGCCAAGGAACUCAAGAAGCGCGUGGAGGUGGCUCAUGUGGCGGAGUUGCACGCGGACGAGGCACAGCAGCGCGAGGAAAGCGAUAAUGACGAGGACCUAUUCGGCUUCGAGAAGAGCGAUGGCGAAACGAAGGAUGACAGCGGAGAUGAGGCCUCAUCUGACGAUGACGACCGAAGGGAGUAUGUCAAGGAAAUGAAGCAGGCGUACAAGCAGGUGAAGCGACAACGCGAGGAAGAGGAGGAGCUAGAAGAGGACGAGCCGCAGCGGGAUGAAAUUUCGGACAUCGCUAAAAGACCGCUGACGAAUGGCCACAGCCAACAACCCACCACCAAUGGCAACCGUUUCACCCUGACCCCCCUGGAUCAACAUCAAGGCAGCAGUCUACUGCAGCAGCGCAUCAAAAAAGCGAGCCUGCAGGACCGCGUAAAGGUCAUGUCCCAGCUGGAGGGCCAGGUCACCAAUGUGGGUCGCUCACUGGGCAAUCGACAGAUGACAUUCGAAGUCAACAAGCAGAAGAAGUCACAGUUCCAUGCCAAGAAACGCGAGGCGGAGAUGAAGAAGCAUCGCGAGGAGCGAAGGAGCAUUGUCAGACCCAUCAAGUCGCUGAGACUAAAGAAGGUUAACUUUAAGUAAACGAACAUUUGCAAUUAGUUCUGUACAUAAAUUCAUAUGUUAUUUUAAUCUACAUAUUUAUUUGAACAA